UUUUGCUCUGCGGGCCGAGCGGUUUGCGUCCCAUCACACCUCGUGGACGUGCACGUUGCGAGUGACCAAUAAUUCAUAAACGGUGAUUAAUCAUACACGUAAUAAUAUGUUUACGUAUUAUAUUUGAUUCGUUUGUGUCGUUGUGUACCGGAGUGUGCGUUACUUGUGCGUGUAUUUUCGUUUUUUUCCUGCCAUUCUCAUCGAUGAUGACAUUUUACAGGCCAACGUCUUCACCGAUGCCAUUUUAUGGGGGCGAUUACCGGCCGGACGACGAGCCGCCACCGGAAGCCGUCUUGGAAGAAAAACGCAUCAUAGAACAUCAAUUCCGAAGACCAUCGCCGUCGCGGUUGUCAUCAACGUCCUCGUCCAUCCGACCACCGACCACAGCCAGACAGGGUGGCGGUAUCAGCGCCAACAGGUCUCUUCGCGCCAGGCCGUCGGGGAGUUCACCCAGGAGAAGUCUACAACGGUCGUCAGCGUUCGGCAACCGGAGAUCUACGACGAUCACGGAUCGCGGACGUACAGCGUCCAUGCCUGCCGUGCCAAUUGUCAGGCCGAGUUUCGGAAAUGUGCCCAGACCGGAUGGUCCCGUGCUGGAAGAGUAUCGACUGCGGAGCUUCUCGAUCACUGCCAGUGGCGUUUGCAACCUAGGCGACUUUGUGCGGUACGCCUCGCCACCGUCAUCCACUCGACACCAUCAACCGGUCGGGAAGCGCGAGAGUUGCCCCGCAUCCGUUUCCGGUACACCGUUACACCAGCAAAACGCGAAUGGUUCUUCCGCCACCACUGCCACCGCUACUUCGCACACGGUCUGCACGGAAUUCUCCAGAUUCCGAAAACCCAGUACGGCGCUGACAAACAAGUUUAAAGCCAACGACACCGUCGAAUCGUACAAGGUGGCGUUGCUAGGGGCCCCGGGUGUCGGAAAGACCACGAUAUCUGUACAGUUUUCGACGUCCGAUUACAUAUGUGUGUACGACACUUCCAUAGACGAAGACUGCGCUUGUCGGACCAUUAGAGUGAUGAUAAACGGUCAGGAAGCAGAAUUAACCAUCAUUGAUAUACCAUACAUAGAAAUGUCGAUUGAAACUCUAUGCUCGACUUACAACCCAAAUGUGUUUAUAGUUAUGUAUUCGGUAGUCGAUGAGAGGAGUUUUGAUAUGGCAGAACAGAUGUUACUGUUUUUAUGGAAAGGCGAGUACAUUCAUACGAGAGGUGUGAUAUUGGUUGGCAACAAAUCAGACUUGGAACGAACCAGAAAAAUUCAAACAAAUGUUGGACGAAAUUUGGCAUACAGUUGGAACUGUAAAUUUAUUGAAACUUCAAGUGGUAUCGAUCAUAAUGUGGACAAGCUACUAGUAGGCAUUUUGGCGCAAAUCAAGCUGAAUCCACUCAGGGAAAGGAUGUAUAAUAGCAAAAGGAAAAAAUAUAGCGUCACAAAACUGUAUAAGGACUUUUUAGCUUACUUAAGGGGUGUUAAGUCCAGUGAAAAUUUGUUCAGUAUUUAAUUAUUUUAUUAACAUGACAUAUUUUAA